GAUCGGUUCAUCAAGAAGGAUAAGCCAUUGAUAAGGGAAGGAUAUAAAAGCAUUGCGCUACCUCAUUCCACAUCAUAUACUCAUCCAUUUACUCGCUGCAUGGUAGAUAUUGGAACUCUGCGAAAACCACUCAGACAAUGGGAACUAGAAGAGGUAACCGCAUUCCUAGAAGGAAUCAUCACCGAUUAUGAAAAAGAAGUUUUUGUACAUAAUAACUUGAACGGCAGCCGUUUGAAAGACUUCUGCUGCAUGGAUUUCCUGGUGCACAUACUUCGAAUCAGCGAAUCCAGUGCAGCAAAGGUAAUGAGCGUGCUACGGCCGUAUCUGGAUGAAAUGGAGGAUACUCACAGCAUUACUAGGCAUGAAUACCGUUAUUUGCCACGGAAGCGACACAGAAACUCAAGACGUAAAAACAAGAAAUCGAGGGGGAAAUCGGCGGAAGAUCAAAGCCAGGAUAUCGUUUCAGGGAUAGAAAGCAGAGAAAGUAGAGCUAGAAUGAAAACGGAAUUAAAUCGUAAGAAUGUGAAGAACGAAAGGCAUUCCAGCGGUGAUGAUCGGACUAUCGAUAAUCCUGAAUUGAAAACGAUGCUGGAAGAGGAAUCACCCCUAGCUCGCAGUUGUUCUACUCAAAACGAUGACACACUCAUUGAACACUUUAGUAUAGAGAAUACAUAA